UAGUCGCAUUCCAAGCUGUGGCACUCUAUGCUAUCCAUUCGUCUCACUGUUUCUGUGUUUCAUACAACCUUGAGAGAACAGAGAGAGUUGCAGAGAGCAAAUAGGUCAAGGUGGGAUGUCGCAUGAAGGUCAUGAGGAAGAAGAGAACAUGGCUGCUUGGCUUGUUAGUAUAAAUACUCUCAAGAUUCAACCUUUCAAGCUGCCGCCUCUGGGCCCCCAUGAUGCCAGAAUUCGAAUCAAAGCUGUUGGUAUCUGUGGCAGUGAUGUUCACUACUUCAAGAAAAUGAGGAAUGCACAUUAUGUAAUGAAAGAACCCAUGGUAAUGGGCCAUGAGUGUGCAGGGAUCAUAGAAGAAGUUGGCAGUGAAGUAAAGAAUGUGGUACCUGGUGACCUUGUGGCAAUUGAACCUGGAAUUAGCUGCUCACAUUGUGACCUCUGCAAACAAGGUCGAUAUAACUUGUGCCCCAAUAUGAAGUUCUUUGCUAGUCCACCAGUUCAUGGUUCUCUUGCUAAUCAGAUAGUGCAUCCUGCAAACCUAUGUUUCAAAUUGCCAGACAACGUGAGCUUGGAGGAGGGGGCAAUGUGUGAACCUUUGAGCGUUGGUGUUCAUGCGUGUCGCCGGGCUAAUAUUGGACCAGAAACAAAUGUGUUGAUCAUGGGAGCAGGACCAAUUGGACUUGUCACAAUGCUCUCAGCUCGUGCUUUUGGGGCACCCAGGAUCAUCAUUGUGGACGUGGAUGAGCAUCGUUUAUCUGUUGCAGAAUCUCUUGGUGCAGAUGAGACUGUUAAAGUUUCGGCAAAAAUUGAGGAAGUGAGUGAAGAAGUUGUAGAGAUACAAAAGGCAAUGAGAAGUAGGGUGGAUGUUAGCUUUGAUUGUGCAGGCUUCGACAAAACUAUGACCACUGCAUUGAGUGCUACCCGUGCAGGUGGCAAAGUGUGCCUCGUGGGAAUGGCACAGGCUCAAAUGACUGUUCCACUCACGCCUGCUGCUGCAAGGGAAGUUGAUGUGAUUGGGAUUUUCCGUUACAAGAACACAUGGCCUCUGUGUCUGGAGUUUUUGAGGAGUGGGAAGAUAGAUGUGAAGCCCCUUAUAACUCACAGGUUUAGGUUCUCUCAGAAGGAGGUUGAAGAGGCCUUUGAAACCAGUGCCCGUGGUGGCAAUACUAUCAAGGUUAUGUUCAACCUAUAGCUACGAAACUGCAUAAACAGCAGCCAAAGGCACACUCCCAUUGUUAUCAAAUAUAAGAAACAAUUUGCUAAGAUUUUUUGUAAUUUCAAUAAAUCAAAAAAAUUAGCCUUUGAGUAUUCUUGAUGGUAUAAUGAUAAACAAAUUCAACCCCUUUUUUACUAAUAAAAAAUUUUAA